GCGCUUAUUACUGUUUCUCGGUCUAAGGAGCAGCGGUGUCUGCCAACGGCAGCUCCAUUGGUGCUAGAUUUGCCACUGUCCGCCAUGCUAAAAGAAAGUGCACACUUCUGCAUCUGGCUGUCGUGGCGUUAGGUUGCUGCAGGAUUUGCUUAUUCUUAUUGUGGGCGUGUUCUUUGUGCGGGUCGCACUCGCACCAUUUUUAAAUUCAACUUUCUUUACCGAUAGUCCUUGGUUGAAAUAAAAGCUGAAAAACAGUGUGCUCAAAUAUGCUAUGUUGAUUGGAGUUUGCCAGGUAAAAGCUCAAUCUUGAUUAACAAGGUGGAUGUCAGUCAGGGUUUGCUCACUAAGCUUUUUUCAGUUACCAUGGCUAAGUUAGAUACAAGCAAGGCUAUUUUCUUGUAUACAUACGAAAGGCAAUGAUCUUUUUCACAUAAAUAGGUGUCUAGAGCCCUGACUGUCUUCUGCCUGGUCUAAUUUGCAACAUUCCAGAACAGCCAUCUUAUACAGGCUUAUGGUGAAGAGCCUUUGGGUGGAAUGAACUACAUUCGCCAAGACAACCGGAGCCUAUCUGAGAACUGGAGCGGAAUCGGUCUAGACCAUGAAGGUGCUGAAGAUGAGGUGGCCUUCUCAGAUGUCGACAAUCACAACACAUUCUCUUCGUCCAACAGCGAGCUCCAUUUCUCUUCAUCAAAUGAGCAUACGCGGAACAGAAUCCCUCGUAGAAACCAUCAUUCCUUCCUUCAUCCUGCUCUCUCUGCUGACAGCUUCCUCAAGUCGGCCAGCAGGAGAACAGAUUCAGCAGAAUCGAAGGCUACGACCACAUGCAACACUUGCAAGCCUGCCACAAUCAGUAGGGCCCCUGAAGCUGAUGCCAAUGCUCCGAAGAACCUCAGCAGUGUUGUGACACAGUCGAAUCACCACCCCUCCGUCGGCUCGCGCACAAGGCAAAAAGGGACAAACGUGCUCUCAUGGCUGUUACCCAAGUCGAAGAGGAAGACGAAAUCGGACAUGUCACCGAGCACCGCCGAAUGUGAGAACAUGUCGCAGCUUCUCAAGGAGUGGGGGGUGUUUUCACUAGAGUCUCUGAAGAAGGAGCUUGCUGAGGCCAAUGAGCAUAGGGACGCUGCUCUUCAGGAAGUUGGAGAGAUGAGAUCAUCUCUGGGAGAACUAACUAGCAAGCUGCUGAGCCUGGAAGCAUAUUCCUCAGAACUGAAGAAGGCUCUAAAGAAAGCAACGAGCACCAAAAACAAUGUGCAAUCUCACUCGAAGAGAUCGGCGAGAUCAGUGGGUGUCAGCAGGGACGAUUCAUUGCCCGUCAGUCAGGAGGUAAUGGUGGAAGGGUUCUUGCAGAUAGUAUCAGAAGCCCGCCUCUCCAUCAAACAGUUCUGCAAGAUGCUGCUCCAGCAAGUCGAAGACGCCGACAAUGGGCUGGCAGACAAGCUGAACCUGCUCCUGCAGCCAUAUCAGCUGACACUCGCGGACAAGCACUCGAAAGUGAUACUGUAUCAUCUGGAAGCUCUGAUGAACCAGGCCAUGUACCAGGACUUCGAGAACUGCACGUUCCAGAAGAACGGGUCGCCGAGGUGCCUCGACCCCAAGCAGGACCUCCAGGAGAACUUCGCGUCGUUUGUGGCGCUGCGCAACCUGAGCUGGAACGAGGUCCUGAAGAAGGGCACCAAGUACUACUGCGAGGACUUCAGCCGGUUCUGUGACCAGAAGAUGAGCUGCAUCGUGUCCACGCUGAGCUGGUCGUGGCCGUGGGCCGAGCAGCUGCUGCAGUGCUUCUUCGUGGCCGCCAAGUGCAUCUGGCUGCUCCACCUGCUGGCAUUCUCCUUCAGCCCGCCGCUGAUGGUGCUGCGGGUCGAGGAGAACCGGGCCUUCGACCCGAUGUACAUGGAGGAGAUCCAGGUGGAGAGGCAGAGGUCGCAGCAGAACCCGUCCCGGGUGAAGAUCAUGGCCAUGCCCGGGUUCUACGUCCAGGACCGGGUGCUGAAAUGCAGAGUGAUCUGCAGAUAUAGCUAGACCCUGUGCCUGUAGUAUAGCCCUGAGCUGGUAUCAUGCCUCGUGGUUUUGUUUUGACUGAUAUAUCUUGUUAGUAGCGUGAUAUGUAGCAUUUGCGUGUUGAGUGGAUGUUGGUUCACUCGCGUGCGGUUGAUACCAUCUGUAAGAAAUAUUUAUGCUAAUCCUUAACGGGUAGAUUGAUCGAUA